ACUGACUGAGCAGGAAGCCAGCGGUGACAUCACUUUCCAGAAGUCCCCUUCAGGUUUUCAGCACCGCGAAGCAACAGCAAAGAAAACAAUAAAAUAAAGGAGUCCUGCGCUUUCCUGGAGGUCCCAGCUGACUGUUCGAGCUCACAUUUAAACACUCAGACUUUACAGCAUGUCUCUGUAUCCAUCCCUCGAGGACCUCAAAGUCGACAAGGUCAUCAAGGCUCAGGCCCAGUUUGCACAGAGCACCACCCCCAUGCCGGCCCUCACUGAGGGAACCUACCAGCCUGAGCCCGUCACAGCUGGGAUGCCACGAUCCACAGGUGGCCGUUCCCGCCAGCUCCGGCGUCAGUACGAUGGUGAGGCCCGUGACAGGGGCGGACAUGGGCAUCAUGAGAGCAGAGAUCCGUCAGGGGCUCCGGGAGGUCAUCCUCUGUAAGGACCAGGACGGGAAGGUGGGACUCCGGCUCCGUUCCAUCGACAACGGCCUGUUUGUCCAGCUGGUGCAGGCCAACUCCCCCGCCGCCCUGGCCGGGCUGCGCUUCGGGGACCAGGUCCUGCAGAUCAACGGGCAGAACUGUGCCGGCUGGAGCACGGACAAGGCCCACAAGGCUCUGAAGGCUGCAGCUGAGACCCGGAUCGAAAUGGUGGUGAGGGACAGACCCUUCCAGCGCACCAUCACCAUGCACAAAGACAGCUCAGGCCAYGUGGGCUUCAUCUACAAGUCUGGUAAAAUCACCUCGCUGGUCAAAGACGGCUCUGCAGCCCGCAACGGCAUGCUGACCGACCACUACAUCUGUGAAAUCAACGGGCAGAACGUCAUCGGACUCAAGGAUUCUCAGAUCAAGGACAUCCUGAACACUUCUCCAACCACCAUGACCAUCACCAUCAUGCCCAAGUUCAUCUAUGAACACAUGAUUAAGAGGAUGUCCACCGGCCUCCUGCGGUCAUCCAUGGAUCACUCCAUCCCCGAGGUGUGAGGACCAGAAUCUGUCAGGACAUCCAGAAACUAGACUCUUUCCCUUUUCUUACAUCUUUGUGUCUCUUUUCAUAUCAAACUCCUCCUAAUGUACAUCUCAGCCCUCUUCCUUUAUGACCAGUAACAUUUCUCCUUCAGCAAAUUGUCUUUUUCUACAUUUUAUACAUCAGUUCCUGUCUGUUCGUUAACAGUUUAAUCUUUACCUUUUUUUUUAUAUUCAAGAUCAAGAUUAGAGUCGUUUCUUUCUUUUUAAAAACUUGCACAAACGAUCAUGAGUCCAGAGCUUCCUCCUCAGUGUGGAGAUGCGAGGCCAUAACUGUACAGUCGUUUACCCCGGCCAGUAGGGUUGAUUCAACCAGGAAGUUGCUUUUAGUUUCUGCCGUAUGCUGGAAAUCUGUUAGUUUAACAGUUUUAUUCAAAUUUAAAGUCCGUAUAUUCACGUCAGUUCAAACCUUUUCAUUCCCCUGACRCAGGGGUCUGCAGCCUGAGCAGUGGUUGGAUUUAAAUUUAAACUAAAAAUAAUAAACUUUGACAAGUAUCCGUAGGGUUUCUGCACCGCAGCAAAGCAUUUUAUAUUGCUGUAGAUGCAGAAACUAGAGUUCUGCAUCACAUCUAUUGUAGAUUUUAAAGCAUCACAAAGAGGUAAUUGCAGAAACAUGCAAGAAGUUUCUUUUAAUAAUGUGAAAAGUUUAUAAUAAAAGCCUUUAUCUGCAGCUUAAUGUUUGUUUAAUCCUUACUGCCGAUUGGAUUUUCAAACAAGAGAAAAAAAUUAUUAGUUGGCUCGAUUUUGUCUCUUUAUAAACUUAAUUUAGAUGCUAAAAGUGUUUUAAACAUGCAGGUUGCAGACCCCUGCUCCGACGUGUGUCCCCAACAUUCCAGAGGAAAAAAAGGGGGGGUGGAGCUUGUUCCCUCACAGCUGAAAAACAGAUGGGGGAAGUCUGAGCACAUUUUCUGUGAUUGGUUGUAAAGUGUUGUUUGGUCUCGUGUUUCAGGUGAUCAUGUUCAAGGGAAUCGUCGGUAUUAUUUCAUAGGGGGGUCCGAGCCGGGCCGUACCCGCUAAGUGCACUUUUCAUUACCUUGAUGAGACGUUACUGUGUUUGUUUCAACAAUUUUCCCUUUUUUGUUAUUUUUAAAUGGUGUUUGUGGUGCCUCAUGCUAACCAGAGAACUCAUUAAACAGUCCGUAUGUGAAAGACAGAAACCCAACGUGUCCACAUCGAUAGGUUGAGGUAGUGACCAUGCUGUCCCCGUCCCCCCGUCCCCCCGACUGAUGAGCACAGUGAGACUGAGCGGAGCUUACACUUGUGAAUUUCUACUUGUUAUAUAAAAGUUUCUCCUUUUGUUGCUGUUCAGAUGCAUGUACUUCUCUGACUUUCUUGGUAUGCAAUCUGAUGAGAAAAACAAAAAUGCUGUCAUUCUGUAAAAAAAUAAAAUAUUAGAAAAAUUCUAAAAGUUUAUAUACGAAUGUAACCAAGAUAAUAUUGUAAAACAAAUAAAUUCUUUCUGUUCACAUAA